UAGUUUUGUAAUAUGCUAACGAUCCACCCAUGUCCUUAAAAGCAUCUGGAGAUCGUCUAGUUAGUACUUCUAACUAAGAAGAAAGCAUCAUGGCCAUGACAGCUAACAGCCACUGCAUCCAACUGAGUGAUGGCAGACGUAUGCCGCUUAUUGGUCUGGGCACGUAUGCGGAUCCCCAAAAGACUCCAAAGGGAACUUGCUACAAGGCAGUAAAGCUGGCCAUUGAAAUUGGGUAUCGUCACAUUGAUGGAGCUUUGCUGUAUAAUAAUGAGAAUGAGGUUGGACAAGCCAUUCGGGAAAGUGUUGCUGAAGGGAAGGUGAAGCGGGAAGAUAUAUAUUACUGUGGCAAGUUAUGGAACACAUUUCAAUCCCCUGAGUUGGUAAGACCAGCACUGGAGAAAACUUUGAAAGAUUUACAGCUCGAUUAUGUGGAUCUCUACAUUAUAGAACUUCCAAUGGCCUUUAAGCCAGGAGACACAUUGUAUCCAAAAGAUGAGAAUGGAAAACACAUUUAUCACAAAACAGACCUGUGUGCCACAUGGGAGGCAUUGGAAGCCUGUGUGGAUGCAGGGCUGACCAGAUCUAUUGGGGUUUCAAACUUUAACCAUCGACAGCUGGAACUCAUCAUGAACAAGCCUGGAUUAAAAUACAAACCUGUCUCUAAUCAGAUUGAAUGUCAUCCAUAUUUUACUCAACCCAAGCUCCUGGAAUACUGUAGGGAAAAGAAAAUAGUGAUUGUGGGAUACAGCCCCCUGGGAACAUCUAGAGAGUUUUGGGUUAAUUUAACAAACCCACCUUUGUUAGAAGAUCCUCUACUUACUUCAAUUGCAAAGAAAUAUGAUAAGACGACCGCCCAAGUUGCCCUUCGCUUCAAUAUCCAGCGAGGUGUUGUUGUUAUUCCAAAGAGCUUCAAUCCAGAUCGCAUCAAAGAAAACUUUCAGGUGUUUGAUUUCUCCUUGUCUGAUGAAGAGAUGAAUGCUAUUGAAGGACUGAAUAAAAACAUACGCUAUGUGGAGCUUUUAAUGUGGAAGGAUCACCCGGAAUAUCCAUUCCAUGAUGAAUUCUAACAGCUUCUUCUUGCACAAGGCUUUUGAAAACAGAAAAAAAAAAUGUUGUCCAUGAUAAGAAAAGUACAGCAUAAAAGAUGCAGUGCGUUAAUGCUAUGCUCUGUAUACAUGUAUGCUACUUUUAUCAAAUAAACAACGUACAAAGGAUGCUAGUCAGCUUAAUAAAGAUUUUGUCCAAGGCAUAUGAUUAUAGAGCAGAAUAAUGUGAAUGUGGUAAUAUCUCAUUGUCAUAUAGCCAUUUAUUAAAUUUUCUGAACCUG